CGGAAAUGACGUUGAGGCACUUCCGUUGCUGUCAAGGGCACCGGACUCUCUUACGGCGACUAAUACUCACACGUGUGCUCCACCGGUUCUGAGCUGCUGAAUUCUUCCACAAACUUCCCCCUUUUUUCUUAACGAUGGACGGGUUCGGUUCGGACUUUUCGGCGGGCGGGGCUGGAGGAAAAGUGGACACCGGCACGAUAAUGGAGCAGGUGAAAGUCCAAAUAGCCGUGGCUAACGCACAGGAACUGCUGCAGAGAAUGACGGACAAAUGCUUCAAGAAGUGUAUAGGAAAACCCGGAAGCACACUGGACAACUCAGAGCAGAAAUGCAUCGCCAUGUGCAUGGACCGCUACAUGGACGCCUGGAACACGGUGUCCAGGACCUACAACUCCAGACUACAGCGGGAACGAGCCCGCAUGUGAACAGGCGGCCAUCUUGUCCCUUGGUCAUCCUCAGAGGUGCGCCGACUCGGCAAAUUUUUUCUGACACGACCUCUUGAGCAGGCGAGCAACGCCUGAGGACUGCAGCACAGCAGUGAACUCUUUUUUUGUUUUGUUUUCUUUCUAAGAAGUAAAUAUAUUUACUGUAUGAAGAAGUGUUGGUGGCAGUCAUUAGUAUCAAUGUUUCUAGCCCUUUAUCAGGAAGUACUGGUGUUGAUGCAAACAGACACAGUACUACUACCUACCCUGUACUACACCUCACAAUCUUGUAUAAAAACUAAAUAAAUAGGAAUGAUGUGCCACUGAAA